UGGAUAACGCACCAAAGCUAAUCACAAUACGGCAACCUUGUCACACAAAUUGCAUUUCGCAUUGUCCGUCGUCGUCGUUUUUACACGCUGCUUUUUUCUGGAAUCGGAAAUAGCUCCAGUUCCAGCCCCGGCACCAGAUCCAGAUCCAGAUCGGCAGCCGCCGUUCCGUUCCUCGCCGUCAUUACAGCAAGAAGAAGACGCUUAAGAAGAAGAACCGCAAGCCGUAGCCACUCGCAGAGCCAAAUCCAAAUCGAGAUUCAUAACAUCCGUAGUCAGCUUAGCUCAGCUCAGCCGGAGGAGGAAGCCGAGAAGCUACCAAGAUUAACGCGGACACAGCUGCCGAGCGACGCAGACGCGAACGCCGCUUCUACUACAAAGCGAUGGCGAUGGCGACGAUGCUGACGUCGGACGAGGCGAGCAAACUGCUCGACUUCACGCAGAAGCUAGACAUCAACCUGUUGGAUAAGAUCGUGGAGGUGGUGUACACGGCGCAGGGGGAGCAACUGCGUUUAGCUCAGGACAUACUCACUACAUUAAAGGAGCAUCCGGAAGCGUGGACCAGGGUCGACAGUAUACUGGAGUACUCACAGAACCAGCAAACAAAGUUCUAUGCGCUUCAAAUUCUGGAGGAGGUGAUCAAAACCCGCUGGAAGGUGCUGCCGCGCAACCAGUGUGAGGGUAUCAAGAAGUACGUGGUCAGUCUGAUCAUCAAGACCUCCUCCGAUCCGAAUGUCAUGGAGCAGAACAAGGUUUAUUUGAACAAAUUGAACAUUAUAUUGGUGCAGAUCCUGAAGCGUGAAUGGCCCCGCAACUGGGAGACCUUUAUCAGCGACAUUGUCGGAGCGUCAAAGACAAACGAGAGUCUCUGCAUGAACAACAUGGUUAUCCUGAAGAAUCUAAGCGAGGAAGUGUUUGACUUCUCACAGGGUCAGAUCACGCAAACAAAGGCUAAGCACCUCAAGGACACCAUGUGCUCAGAGUUCUCACAGAUUUUCACGCUCUGUUCCUUCGUACUGGAGAACUCGAUGAACGCAGCCCUCAUCCACGUGACACUGGAGACGCUAUUGCGUUUCCUUAACUGGAUUCCACUCGGCUACAUCUUCGAAACGACGCUGAUCGAGACGCUGAUUUUCAAGUUCCUCAGCGUGCCCAUGUUCAGGAACGUGACCCUGAAGUGCCUGUCGGAGAUUGCCGGUCUGACGGCCACCAAUUAUGACGAGAACUUCGCCACGCUCUUCAAGGAUACGAUGGUGCAGCUGGACCAGAUCGUCGGCCCAAAUAUGAACAUGAACCAUGUGUUCAAGCACGGCAGUGACACGGAGCAGGAGCUGGUUCUCAACCUGGCCAUGUUUCUGUGCACCUUUUUGAAGGAGCACGGCAAGCUGGUGGAGGACGCCAAGUACGUGGACUACCUGAAUCAGGCGCUCAUGUAUCUGGUCAUGAUCAGCGAGGUGGAGGACGUUGAGGUUUUCAAGAUCUGUCUUGAGUACUGGAACAGCCUGGUGGAGGAUCUCUACAACUCGGAGUUCUUCCAUCCCACGCUGGAAUCGUCGAAGAGGCAACAAGUCUAUCCCCGACGCCGCUUUUAUGCGCCAAUUCUUUCCAAGGUGCGCUUCAUUAUGAUCUCGCGCAUGGCCAAACCGGAGGAAGUGCUGGUGGUGGAGAAUGAAAACGGAGAGGUCGUCCGUGAGUUCAUGAAGGACACAAACUCGAUCAACCUUUACAAGAACAUGCGCGAGACGCUUGUUUUUCUCACUCAUUUGGACUCUGUGGACACGGACCGCAUCAUGACAUUGAAACUGCUAAAUCAGGUUAACGGCUCGGAGUUCUCCUGGAAGAACCUCAAUACGUUGUGCUGGGCUAUAGGCUCUAUAUCCGGUGCUUUCUGUGAGGAGGAUGAAAAACGGUUUCUGGUCACCGUCAUCAAGGAUUUAUUGGGGCUAUGUGAACAAAAGAAGGGCAAGGACAACAAGGCUAUCAUUGCCUCCAAUAUCAUGUAUGUGGUGGGACAGUAUCCGCGCUUCCUGCGCGCCCACUGGAAAUUCCUUAAGACGGUGGUGAACAAACUCUUCGAAUUUAUGCACGAGACGCAUGACGGUGUCCAGGAUAUGGCCUGCGAUACCUUUAUCAAGAUUGCUAUCAAGUGCCGCCGCUACUUUGUCACCAUUCAGCCUAACGAGGCAUGCACUUUCAUCGAUGAAAUUCUCAGCACAAUGAGCAGCAUCAUCUGUGAUCUGCAGCCACAGCAGGUUCACACAUUUUACGAGGCUGUUGGAUAUAUGAUUUCCGCGCAGGUAUAUCAGGUAGAGCAGGACGCCCUUAUUGAGCGGUAUAUGCAGCUCCCGAACCAGGUGUGGGACGACAUCAUAUCGCGAGCCUCGAAGAACGUCGAUUUUCUGAAAAACAUGACAGCAGUGAAACAGCUGGGAAGCAUCCUCAAGACGAACGUGGCUGCGUGCAAGGCCUUGGGCCAUGCAUACGUUAUUCAAUUGGGUCGAAUCUACUUGGACAUGUUGAAUGUCUACAAGAUCACCUCGGAGAACAUCAUCCAGGCCAUUGAAGUGAAUGGUGUUAAUGUGAACAAUCAGCCCCUGAUCAAAACCAUGCACGUGGUCAAGAAGGAGACCCUCAACUUGAUAUCCGAGUGGGUGUCGCGAUCCAAUGACAAUCAGUUGGUGAUGGAUAACUUUAUACCGCCCUUGCUGGACGCUAUAUUGCUUGACUAUCAGCGCUGUAAAGUUCCAUCGGCACGAGAGCCCAAGGUCCUGAGUACGAUGGCUACCAUUGUGUAUAAAUUGCGACAGCAUAUCACCAAUGAGGUACCAAAAAUUUUCGACGCCGUCUUCGAGUGCACGCUGGACAUGAUUAACAAGAACUUCGAGGACUUCCCCCAGCAUCGGCUCAGCUUCUACGAGCUGCUCCAAGCGGUUAACGCGCACUGCUUCAAGGCGUUCCUGAACAUACCGCCGGCCCAGUUUAAACUGGUCUUUGACUCUGUGGUUUGGGCAUUUAAGCACACCAUGCGUAAUGUGGCCGACAUGGGAUUGAAUAUCCUCUUCAAGAUGCUGCAAAAUCUGGAACAGCAUCCGGAUGCGGCGCAAAGCUUCUAUCAAACCUACUUUACGGACAUUCUGAUGCAAAUCUUCUCUGUGGUCACCGACACCUCUCACACAGCUGGACUGCCGAACCAUGCCAUUAUUCUGGCGUACAUGUUCUCGCUGGUGGAGAACCGGAAGAUAACGGUAGACCUAGGUCCGAUACCCGAUAAUAUGAUAUUCAUUCAGGAGUAUGUCGCGUCCCUGCUGAAAUCGGCCUUCAAUCAUCUGUCUGAUAAUCAGAUAAAAGUCUUUGUUACCGGUCUGUUUAAUUUGGACGAGAAUGUGCAAGCAUUUAAGGAGCAUUUGAGAGAUUUUCUCAUACAGAUUCGCGAGGCCACCGGCGAAGACGAUUCCGAUUUGUAUCUGGAGGAGCGUGAAGCGGCCCUGGCCGAGGAGCAGUCGAACAAGCAUCAGAUGCAGCGUCAAAUUCCAGGCAUGUUGAAUCCGCACGAACUGCCAGAGGACAUGCAGGACGAGUAAGGGGCAGUUUCUAGCGAUGCUUGAGAAUAAUGAUUAUGAUAGAAUGAUCCAGGAUGUUGAUGAUGAUGAUGUAUGAGUGUUUCUCAAGCGAGAAAGAGUAUAAAUGUUUGUUUGAUUGAAUGCAUAUAAGUACGUUAUAUAUAUAUAAAUACACCCACACAAGACCCACACACCCACCCUACACACACACACACACACACAUGCAUACACAUAUACCUAAACAGAUAUAGUUGCGUUUAAUGGUGAAUGAGAAAAUAAUGGUUAUUCUUGCGCAAUUACAUACAUUAAUAUGAUUAACAUAUUGUUGCGCAUUGUCCUUGACAUACCAUCGUAAAUUUAGUGCCCAGCCAGAUCCUGAUCCCCUGAUCCCCGCCUCCCGCCACAUUUUGUAGUAACCGAUACGAAAGAUUACAACUUUAUCGUACUAAUUAUAAAUAAUGUUUGUUUGGAACUUUUAAAUGAGUAAAAUUGUAGAUUUAUCGAGAGUAUGAAUGAAUAUAUAUUUGAGCGAACAGACACACACACACAAACACAAACACAACAAACACACACCCACACCUCUCAGAACAACAACAAUAGGAGGGGGAAAACCAACCUAAAGUAAAAAUUAUUUGUAGUAGACAUUAACAGAUCAAGGAAGUAAAGCGUAUGCAGAGCCGUUUGCAUAAUACUUAGCAUUAACACGAGGAUGAUGAUGAUGAUGAAGAUGAACAUAAUGAGGAGGAGAUGAACAACAAAAACACUGCAUCAUUACUAGGAUCAAGUCCUGUACUCUGUGCAACAAACAAGAUAAGCGAAAAAUAUAAAUUGAACAUAGAACUAAAUGCAAAUACCCAGAUCACAGAUACACAAAAAAAAAAAAGAAAAACAAAAAAAAUAACCCCAAAAUUGCGUAUUAAUGAUGAUGUUUAAAUUUUUACAUAAUUAGUUUGUACAUUAAUUUAAAUAAAAAUCAAUUAAAACUACAUUGAUGUAUGAUGCAUAA